GCGGCCGAUCAAUCUCCGAAGCGUCGUUGACUCUCUCGCGCCCCGGGAGAUCUUUCGCCAAGCGGACAACUGGACGCCAUCCAAACUGCACUCGGACAGUCGGCCCGCGACACAAUGCAUCAUCAUCAGCAGCAGCAGCAGCAGCAGCAGCAGCAGCAGCAGCAACAGGCUCCGACACACGGAAGCCUCGCGGAUCUGCAGUACUACGAGAUCACGCCUGCCAAUCCUCCGUCGCGCAACGACGAUCAUCGCCAUCACGGGGACAGCGUGUCGGCGACCGCCCACCUGCAUCCUAUCAACCUGUGCACAGUUGACAGACUCCCGGCCUCCGGCAUCAUAAGCCAGCAUCAGCUGCAGGAUAUCCUGCCGGGUUCCGUGUUCGCCGAUCCCUCCAUGGCGCACUUGCACUAUCAUAUCAUUCCGAGCCCGCGGCGAAGCUUGAAUUGCACCGAGACCGGGCCGCAGUCGGCACAGAGCUGCCGGAGUCAUCAUCCGAGAUUGGAGCAGGUUCAUCUGCACGAGCAUCAUCAGCACUACCAGAGACAGCCCAAGUUCGCACGGCCGGCGUCGAGUAUGAGCGAGGUGCCCAAGGACAGGGACAGGUCGUCCGUGAAUUUCGACAAUCUCAGCCGAUACUCUCACCUGCCAACGCACGACAAGAGCGAGAAGAGCAAGAACAUUUCGCUCGCCGAACUCAAUGAUUCGCAGGCUACGAUAACCGGAACGAAGGCCAGCAGCAGCAAGUGCCAGUGUCACGCGAUGCACGAGCUGCGACUCAAGCGUGAUCGAGAGGCAAUGGGUAUUGCCCCCGAGGAUGACGAGGCUGCUGUAGGCCAGCAUCGUCACCCACCCGCGUUGCCGCCAAGACCACCCCCGAGACCGUCCGGUCGACGACUCGAGCUACCUUCCAUCGGUACUGCCAAUCAACGACACGCGGGCAGCAGCGAGACGGGCAACGGGGGCGGCUGCUGCAAGAAGUACGUGGUACUGUGUUGCCUCUGCGGCGGACUUAGCGUUGCAGUUGGCAGCCUCUUCCUCGCUGUUCACGCCGUGCUGUCUGCUCACACGGCCAGUCUCGCUCUCUUCGAGACCGUGCCCUCUUACAUACCUGGCACUAUGCUGAUAUUCAUGGGUCUGUUCACGAUGCUGUUGGCCCGGAGAAAGCACCGCUACGGUUUUCUGAUGAAGGUCUGCGGUUCGGUGAGCGUCGUCUGCGCCCUCGUCUGCGUUCUCGUAACCGUCACCACAACUGUCGUCCACAUGUCCAGGCUCCAGGGUCUACGAGAGUGCGUCUACACCGCUCGGGCUAAGUCGUGCACGUGCUACGGCGCGCCGCAGUCGCGCGCCUCGGACCCGGGGGUGCUGUUCGAGGGCACGCCCCACUGCGAGGCCGUCCACGGCGCCCUGUACGCCUGCCUGCGAGCGCUGUUCGGCGUCUCGGUGGCCGGCAUCCUCGCCUGCAUCUUCUCCUGCAUGCUGGUCUACCAGCUGUUCAGCCACGAGAAGAAGAAGAUGUACUGGGAGCAGUUGGAGCUGCGCUGCCGCUCGCUCUACGGACAGGGUGCCGGCGCCGGCCUGGUGAGCGCCCGUCCAGCCGGCACCUGCGGAUGCUGCAACGACUGCGCCGGCAUCGGGCCCUGGUGGGCGCAGUCGCCCGGCAACCUCUACACGCCCAAUCCCGAUCUCGCCCCCUCGAGACGUUGGCGACUGCCAUGGUCUCGCAGCAGGGGUCCAGCUCCGACUACCGACUCGAAUUACGGAUUUCACGGGCAAGCGGCUGGCGGCGCCGGUAGCACUGCCAACCAGGAGGCUCUGAUCGAUCCCAGUGUCGGUGGAAUGGUACCUUACAGCAUCCUCGGGCCGCAAUCCGCCGGCGCUUAUUCCGUUCUCCAAGCUGCGCACCACGAAGAUCACUACGGCCAGAGCAGCGCCGCCAGUCCGUACAGCGUGCUCGAGUCUGCGGUGCCGCUCUGGGGACCACCACCGCCGUACAGCGAUCCCAACAGUCCAGCCAGAAGACCCAUGAUCGCCUUUCCUCAGGCCGAUCCCCGGACGAGGCUGACCAAGAGGAUCGACAAUACUAUUCAGCGAGAAGUUGAUUACGGCAGAACGCCGGAUAUCAAGCGACCGAGCGACAAUUACGAGAACGCCGAGCAAGUUUCCAACGACACGGACACGGAAACAAGUGGAAAUAACGUGCUGACGUCGGGAAGAGUGACGCGCAACAGCAACAGCAAGCACAAGAAAUUACUGAAGGGCGUCGACAACGCCGGCUUCCAGCCCCAGGAGACUACUUCGGUGCCUAAACAGUCGGAGAGCGAACUCUAUUUUGGCGAUGUCUCCUCCUGCUGUGGACCAGAAAGUAGUCUUUACGAUGUUGCUACUGAAAAAGACGGUAAGACUGACACUUGUCAAGCAGAAGCUGGCACGAGCAGUUACCAUUCUUCGUCGCACUUCCCCAAACGUCCAUCGAGCAAGCGCUCGCGUCGUCAGCAGCAACAACAAAUGUCUCACCAACACGACUCGCUGGAGACCGUUGAUAUUCCACGAUCGAACUGUAGCCUAUCGUCGUCAGACGACUUGCCGGAGAACGCAAUAGUCACGUAUUCCGUGCACGCGUCGACCGAUGAUUACGACCUCAUCAGGCAACAGCGUCGUUAUGCCGGCUCCCAAAGUUCUUACUCGGAUAAGUCGCCCAAAGAAGAGGCACACAUGAAUCCCGAGCAUCGCGAAGAUUCCGACGAUGGUGCUUAUGGAGCUGAUGAGGAGUCUGAGAAGAGAGACAAUGAGAGUGAAUACAAAGACGAUUACGACGAGGACAUGAGGCCUGUCAAGGUCUAAUUUUUAAUUGAAGGUGAUACGUGUAGUGUCUAAGGUAAUAAGUAUAGUGCAAGCGACUGAAUCAGGCAACGCUGGCAACUUUUUUAGUGACGAAUUUCACGGAGAUGACUUUGACAAAUUUGAAUACGAACGAAGCGUUUUUGUGUGAUUCGGUGGUUUUAUUCUUAAUCAGUGUUUGCUCAUGUACUUGUUACAUUAAUAGUUAGCUUUUCAACAAUUAGUAUUUCUUUUUGCUACUUGCCAUGAAAAUAAUCUACUUAGCAACAAAAAGAAAACUUACUCCAGUUUUGUGUAGAAAUUAAAAAGUACAAGCUAGUUCUAACAUGUUAUUUGCUUAAGGUUUUUAAUGCACACUUUAAAACGACGAUUUAUUACUGCUCUUAAGAUUCUUUUUUACGUUGAUUAUGCAAAAACAAAUAAAAAAUAUUCAAAAAAUAUUUUUGCGACUUUGUGGUAUUUACAAAUUUUACUUACAUCUCGCUGAAUAUUAUGGUAUUUUAUAUUUAAGAAAGGAUGAUUGCAUAAUUUCUGUAUGACAAUUUGGUUCUAAACUGCAUUUUAAUGUAUCAAUAGCUGUCGGAUCCCAAAUAGAAUGCUUGUAUUUGUGAGAAUGUAUGAGAGAGUCGGUAUACCUAUUUGUUCCUAUUGCAUUUAUGUGAACUUUAUGGAGGUAAUAAACUUUGUAUUGUGAAAGUUAACGCUGACAUAGUUGAUAAAAUCUAGUUUGUAGACUAAGUGACAAAUAAAAGAAAAUUUGUAUAAGAAAUGAUAAACAAGCGUUUUUACUUUUUCCGAAUUCAUUAGAAUCGUUCAAAGAUAAAAUAAAACUAAAAGAUGGAAUAAUAACUUAUGCAUGUAUAUAUUUUUCUUAACACGUUGGCAGUCUCAAUCGUGAAAAAGUUAGAAUAAUCUUGAUUAUUUUGCCAAUGUGUUAGAUUGAUUGUGCUAUUUUUAAAUUCUAUAAGAUAUUGGAGCGAAACUUCAGGUCAUAAAUAUCAACGAAAAUCAUGAUAAACCAUGGUCCAUAUUAAAUUAUUUGAUAAUUAACGUGUCAUUAAGAUAGUAUAGCUUUAACUUAGAUAAAAAAAAUAGCAGGAAAUCGUUUACUGAUAAAUUUUAGCAAGUAUUUGAAGAUAUAGUUAUAUUAUAAACACAAUUAUUAUACUCUUCGAAAUUCUUUCAUAUCCAAUGAUCAUAUAAUUAAUAAAGGUAUAAUCAAAAUAAAUUUAAUGUGGAUUAUGGAUUGUAUGAGCGGACUAAUGGUUUAAUUUGUCACUUUCUCAAAUAAGAUUUGCUUUUGUUCUAUAGGCAACGAAACUUAUCUAGUAUCCAGCUGUACAAGUUUGUAAUAUAUAUUUAAGUUCUAUAUAAGCACGGUAAAACAUUAAGUUGCGUAGAUUUUUUAAUUUAUUUUGAAAUGUUUACAAACAUAUCAAUCUCGUUCAGAGUUAUCCUUAUUCAAAAAAUAUAUGCAUAAAUCUAAUGCUAAACCAAAACAAUGAUUUUUUAAAAGUAAUGCAAUAUAAAUUCUUCACAUAAAAAUAGUUUAUAAAAUAUAACACAUGUAUACAUCGUAUAAAACAGCACUAUUAUAUUUUUAACAACGUCUACUUGUUAUAGGAUUACUCGUUGAAACAUCACUCGACCAAUGACAAUAUUGAUUUUUAUUUAAUUUUGUUAUAUAGAUUUUAUGGAUAAAUAUCAAUAGUUUUAUAAGUAUACUGCGCAAUAUAUAUGCGAUAUCUAUAUACUGAACAUACUAUAUUAAUCGAAUCAUAAAGUACUAUUAUAAUAGUCCUUUCUGUACAAGAAGUACCUGUUUUUUAAUAGUUAGCACUUUUAAAUGAAGCUGUGGUUUAUUAAUAGCAAGAUGUAUUUUGUGUUGAAUUAUUCUUCUUCAUACCAAUCACAACUUAAUUUAUUACGAUUGACCUAAGUUUGAAAUGAAACACAGAUAUUUUAAAAAUAUAUAUUUCGAAAACCGUACAGAAAUAUUCAAAAGGAAAAAAAUAAACUAUCUGUGUAUUUUUAAACAUAAUACUGACAAUUUUCAAAAUCGCGAAUUCCAAGAAAAUACGGAAUGAAAAGUGUUUAAAAAACUUAUUCACAUGUAAAACUAAAUAACUUUCUAUAUAAGAUAUGUCUAUUAAAAGUCAGUUCCAUAUUUAUUACCGCGGAAAUAUAAUGAAAUAAAUUAGUUUUUA